AUGCCUUCUCGGUCGCCAUCCCGGGGCAGGUCACCCACACGCUCUCACACCCCGACAUCUGUACGCCGCGCGCCUACACCCCCUUACAAUCACUCCCUUUCUCCCCGUCGUUCACCUUCACCAAGAUCGCGCACAAGAUCAUACACCGGGUCUCCUCGACGUGACUCGCGCAACGGUCGUGGGCGAGGACGAAGUCUCAGCCGGAGCCCGAGCCGCAGCAGAAGUCCCAGUCGCGGCGACCGCAGAUCAUAUCGAGAGCGCAGCUACACCCGAAGCCCGAGCAGAGACAGCAGACGAGUCCAGAGCUCCAAGAUUGUGGUGGAGAAACUCACGAAGAAUGUUACGGAAGCACACCUCCGCGAGAUCUUCGGGUCGUACGGUCGCAUCGAGUCGAUUGACCUUCCCCUCAACAGACAAUUCAUGACAAAUCGUGGAACGGCAUACAUUCUUUACGACCAUCCGUCCGGUUCGGAGGCUGCCAUCGCACAUAUGCACGAGGCACAACUUGACGGCAUGGUCAUUUCAGUCAGCAUUGUUCUACCACGUCGCGCAUUUUCGCGCUCGCCGCCUCCGGCCAAACCCAUGCGACAAGGUCUUCCUCCACGAUACGGUCCACCUCCCAGAGGGCCUCCUCCGCCGAGAUACCGCAGUCCACCACCAAGAAGAGGUGGCUACGGAGGUGGAAGACGCGGCGAUGACAACUCAUACGUUCCACAACUCCCCCAAGACGACGAGGAGCAGCAGCAGCAGCACCAGGAGGAGGAGGACGAGGUCGGAGUCCCCCACGACGGAGGAGACGAAGCCCAAGUUAUACUUCCCAGAGCAGCUACAGCCGCAGUCGCAGCCGAAGCUUGA